AAAAGUGGUCGUCACUUUCGCAACGGCGACUGUAAGCGAAGUUUUUUGGAUGGAAGGCCGGUCCUCUUGCGCGAUUUGUUCACGUGAAAAGCAAGAAGAAGUGCCCGCGUUCGGUUUGCCCACACUCACGACUUAGUGCUGGUUCGAUUAUGCCCGACUUUCAUUCAUAAAAUCCAUCGUGAGUCUUUCUAUUACAUUCCGACGCUGCCCCGUCGUUCUUGUCGCUCGCCGUUGUCACACCCCUAUAAAAAAUACUCAACACACCCGCAAACGUGUCCGUGCGCCUGUAUGUAUACGCGAGCCGUGUCCGUGUAGCGUUCCGUCGUCUUCUUUGUGUGCGUCGCGGCGACGAUGGAAGAGAGAAAUUUCAGAAUGAGCCUGAAUUACACCAGGGUAUUUUUCGAUUAAUUAAAGGUCAGGCCAGCUGCUCCCCCACGUCCCAAGCGGGAAUAGGAAACGCCAAACGGGAAAUGUGAGAUCGAACGCUGCCAGUGUAAAACGUGUGAAAAGUUUUGUGAAAAAGAUUCUUCGGGAACGGGAAAAACUGUGUCGCGAGGAUCGGAGCCGGGCUCGCAGUCGCGCUUAACGUCUCCGCUGUCCGUAAGAUGGACAUUGGCUUGAAAAAGGAACUGAGAUCGGAGUUUUACGCACAAGAACUUUACUCGCAAAGAAGCCCUAAUUUUCGCGGCGGCAGUGACAUAAAAAUGUCGUGCAUUUCGAGCAAUUUCAGUUCGUUCUUCCUCGACUCCUUGAACGAUCCGUCGGAGUUCGCCAAGUACCUUGGCAAUUCGGAAAAUAAGACGCAGACGUUCGACGACCAGAUCUACGGAGCCCCAGGAACAACAAAUGGGAACGGCUAUGGCCCCGGACCCAUGGACAGCGAAAUGGCCUCGUUCUCGGCCAGCUACACCAACAGCCACCACCCGCAUCAGCAGCAGCAGGACCCGCAUGCGAACCACGUUGCGAACAACACACAGUCGGCAACGUUCUUUCAGCAGCAGCCGCAAGCACAGCACCCGCAGUCGCCUCACCAUCAGCAGCCGCAACUGCACCAGAACCAUCACGCCCCAGCAGCCCCCCAACAAACCACAUCACAGCCUUAUCCGCUUCCUGGCGCGGACGUAACCACCGUGAUCGCAAACCACACGCCUUCGCAGCCUCAGCAAGAGUCCUCCUUUGUGGACAACACCUUCGAUUUCUCCAAGUAUCUCAACAAUUCCGAGUACGGGACCCCCUCGGGCGCCACAGUUGACAGUGCGGCCGCUGCCGCACAGAAUCAACUCAUGGACUUGGACAAUACUCCGCCGUCGGGUGCUUCCGGCCGAGCUGCGUCCACCAGCAACUCGGUCGACAUAGACGCCUUCGAUCACGACUCGAAGAAUCUCUACGACAUCCACAACUCGAAUGAGAGCGGCAUGUCGGACCAGCGCAUCAGCUCCAAUACCUCGGAGUGCAGCGACAGUUCGAAUCAGGCCAACCAAACAAAGCCAUUGACCAAGUUCAUGAUCAAGGAGAACUUCGAGGUGCAUCCUGCCCACAAGGUGGAGGAGGGCAUCUUUCAGCAUAUGAACAAGCUGCCGGUGAAGAAGAAGGACACCUUGAAGACGUUGGGCGUUACGUUCACGGGGCAUAUGUCCGUGGCAGACAAGGCUAUUAUCGUGGAUAAUUUUGCAAAAUUUUGUGAGGAGUACGGAGUAACGGAUCAUCGGCCAUUUUUAUCAUUAAAUCAAAGCGGUAUGCAGAAGCCGGAACAAAUAAAGUUUGCACGAUUUUUAGGGCAAGGAUUGCCGAAAUUCACGCUUUUCUGCAUUUACAGUAAUUUUAAGAAUAUGUUUUGCAUCAAACGCUUUGAAAAUUACGCUAAAGGUAGUUACAACUUACAGUAUAUAUUAGACAAGACUAAGAGAUUCUUAACAUGCACAACAGCUGAUCUAAAAAAUCUCACACCGCAAAUGUUUGACUCAACAGACUCGCCACCGCCAGUUCCACCUCCCCCACCACCCACCAAUGUAAACGGAGCGACCAAACAAGAAUUCUCCAAAGUACUCGAACGGUUAACAAUAUUUGAAAAUUUCGACGUUCACGAAUCUCAUCGUAUUGAGGAUGGAAUAUUUACGCACAUCGGACGUUUAUCGCCGAAAAAACAAGAACUUCUCAAGAAAUUCGGCAUACAGAGUAAUCAUACCGUCACGUUUUCAGAGAAAUGUACAAUCAUUGACAAUUUCAUAAAGUUCUCUCGCGCGUACAAUAUUGAGGAUCAUCGCCCGUUCUUAGAUUUUCAUGAAAGUGGGCUGCCGAAAAUGGAACAAAUCAAAUUUGCGAGAUAUUUAGGCCAAGGAUUGCCUAAUCUCACUCUAUACAAAAUCUACAGUGCAUUUAAGGAUCUGCUGGCACUGAAUCGAAUAGAGAAACUAAUUUCAGAGGGAUAUAACUUGGAUGUUAUUCUAAAGAAGAAGAGGAAGAACCUUAUUAAUCGACUGAAUGCAGCAAAAAGAUCAAACAAAGAAACUACCGAAGCUACUAAUCAACAACCCAAUCAACCAAACCAACCAAAUCUUCAACAGCCUCAGCCGCAACCACAGCCGCAAGCGCAGCAGCCACAACCACCACAACAACAGCCCAUUCAAACUCCAUUUGAGAAUAUGGUGACCUCUUAACAAAAAAAGGUCAAGUCACAGAAGACGCGAACACGAAAAAGGUGAGAACCGAGCAAGCAGGGGGUGAACGGUGCGGAGGGUAUGUUCAGUGAUUAGGGAAAGUGUAAUGUAAUACUAUAAAAAUCACUAUAUUGAAAGCGGACCAGCGGUUGUUGUGUCUUACGCAUUAAUGUUAAGUUUUUAAACGCAAAAAACACACAAGAGAAGAAAUGACAAAAACUGACCUUUAUUAUUAUAUCAAGUGAAAUUAUUAUUAUCUCAUCUCUAUACUCAUUUUAUAUCCAUUUCAAAUUUAUUUAAUUGCAUCAUUUAUUAUGUAUUUCGUAUUCGAUUUUAUAUUAUUCCUAGACGAUAUUUUUUAAUGUUUUAUUUCGUACCCAUAAUUGUAAUCCACUCUACUUAUUAUAUAUAGUAUUUGUAACUUAACAAGAGUAACUGAUCGAACAAUAUAUUGAAAUGCGUAACGAUAGGGAUGAAACGGAGAGAGAGAAAGGUUAGAGACAUUUUUUAAAGUUUUUAUCAUCAGUUCUUGCUUUUAUUGUCAUAUUUUGUUAAAUAUGUCCCAUCAUAACUGAAUCAAAUCAUUAAGAGGAGUAAGUAAUAGUGUAUGUCGUAGUCUCUCAGAUUGUGUCGAACUGAAACGCAAUUUUUAGCAAGAGUAGGAUAUUGACUAUGCGUAUUUGUUAGAGAACAAGUUUUCUAGAAGGAAGAUGUUGUGCUUCAGCUGGACACAACGCCCUUGAGAGCUACCAAGAAAUGGAAGAGUGUAUGAAAGUAAGCGAGCGAAAGUUUUCAUAAAUGCAUAAUGUUGUUAGGGAACGAACGAAAAGCAAUUGUAAAAUGAUUAAAGCAAAAUUAAUAUUUAAAGAAUAAAAAAUUCAGAUAUUUAAAAACACAUAUUACAUGGACAAAUAAAUUGUAAAAACAAGUGUCAAAUAUAUAUAUAUAUAUUUAUUCAUGUCAAUAGGAUGAUUAUACAUUACAUUUUUACAACUACAUCAUAUUACAUCUAGUGAUUUCAUUUUUAACGAGACAAUAGACGAAUGAAUCUCUUUAGAAUGCUCUUCAUUCAUCCAUUGAUUUAUUUUUUAGCUCACUUAUUGCAUGCAUGCAAAGACACUGAUUAUUUUAUUCUAAUUCAUGUCUCCUCAUUUUAUACGCUAUUAUAUUUAAUAGGCAUUAUAUUGAAAAUUUGAAUAAAAGAAAUUGUUUUGAAAUUGUUGCUUAUGUUUGCAAUUCUUUAUCAAAUGAGAAAGUUGCUUAUCUUUUCAUUUCUCCAAUUAAAUUUUAGUGAUAGACACAAUAUAUAUUAUGUUAGACAUAUUUAAAAGAAAUAUAAACUCAAAAGGAAAAAAAUAAAGUCAAAAACCCAGUAUUAGGCAUAUAUAGAUUAGAUAAACAAAAACAACUAAAAAAAUCCAAAUAUCGCAUUCGAGGCUAGAUUAAGAUUGAUAUUAUUUUCAAAAGAUUCAAAGAAAAAUACUAAGUGAAGAAACAUGAACAAUUAUUAUGAGUUAUUAUUGCCGAUAUGGAAUCUAUUCUGUAAUAAUGAUGAAAUGAUAAUCAACAAAUGAGCCUUGCAAACAAAUAACGUUAAGAUCUACAAAAAAGAAUGAAAACAGAUGAGAAUAAGGGGAAAGUAAAAAUGCAAAAUUGAUUUUUCGAAAACGAUUAUAGAAAAAUAUAUAGAGUCGAGUUUUUAUUAUUUGGAUCACAAACAUGUUUUGUUUUCAUUGUUUUUUAUAUGAUAUGUGCAAUGUCAAGCAUAAAAGAAAACAAAACUAAUGACAUUUGUUGCAGGCAACACACGGUUAAUCACUUAUAAUAAAAAGAACAUUAUUAUGCCGAAAAUA